GAGCUUUUGGAGUAGGCGGAGCCAGGCCGUAACAACGUGUGGCGUUCCUGGGUUUAGGCUCCGAGAAUGUCCGAGAGGCCGGCAUUUGUAGGGGAGGGGCAGAGAAGACCGAAACACAAACCUCCAGCAGGCACCAGGACUUUGAGCUCACUGGGUGGUGGCAGCAGGAGUGAGCCAGAGGCAGAACCAGCGCCCGAAGUCGGGACCACUUCUGACCAGAUCCCGGCCCUGGCAUCCACAUCCGGGUCCGGUACCCAAUCUGAGUGGCGGACCGUUUCUUAUUUGUCUUCCAGCAGCCAAUCUAACGCUUCUACACCAGAUGCGGACGAUUCCUGGAGCUCCAGAACGCCUUCUCAACUCAGUCCCAGUACUGGCCUAAGAACUGAUACUGACUCUAACAUCGGCCUUUGGGGCUUUCCCGCUUAUGGCCUGACCAACCAGACCCCCUCGUCAGGCUCCCGCUCCAGCAACUUUGAGGGGGUUGCCCCCGACUCCAUCCCGGGCGCCGACAAUCUUUGGAUGUCAGUACCUGAACUUCCUACGACCAAUAACACUCCCCAAGGAUCUGUACAAGGAGCCAUCCAGCCCUUGAUGCCUGGCUUAUUCAGGGUAGCAGUACCACCAAUACCUCCUAUACGCAGUAACACUCCCGAAAUAUUAGUACCUGGCUACACCCGUUCCUCAUUGUUCAGCUCUUCCUGGGAUUCAGUGGAAGUACCUCUGACACCAAAUAACACCCCGCGGGUGUCAUUAUCAGAGUCCAUCCAGUCCUCAGUAACCCGCUCCUCCCAAGAAUCUAUAUGUGGAUCUUUCCUAUUCUCGGGCUCCUCCAAAGCGUCUAUCCAGGCCCUUGCCCCAUCCUCAGUGCUCAGCACUCCACGUAGUUCGGUACAAGAACGGGUCAUGCUCUUGGGCUCCUCGCUAGAGUCCCUUCAGGGGUCCCCCUCGGUCUCAGAACGGAACAUCCCGCAGAGUUCCAUACAAGAAACUGUCAGUGUCUAUCACUCUUCCCGAGGGUUGGUACGAGACUCCAGCCCGCCCUCAGCGUCCCGCCUCCUCCUGCGUUCCGGACAAAAACCUGUUACACCGGCGAACUCCUCCCUAAUAUUGGCACAAAGGUCCUCCCAGCGCUCUGGACCAGAUACUCGUCAAAUGCUGGUGGAUGGAUCGGAUUCGCCCCAGGACUCUCCCUGGGUUUCAAAACAAGCAUCUGCUCCGCCCUCGGGGCGGGGCUCCGCCUUGCAAUCCAGGGAAGAAUCGGCUCCGCCCCGGAGCUCCCGGGGCGAGUCAGUAGAAAAGUCCGCAACGCCCUCGGCCAUCCUCCCUUCUACACUCCAGCCCGGCGAGACUGUCAACCAAGACAUGGCGAGUCGGGAGAAGGCGAGCGCAUCGGGCAACGUGUUCGACGUGGUCGUGAUAGGUGGUGGCAUAUCAGGAUUAUCUGCAGCUAAAUUGUUAGCUGAACUUGAAGUUAGUGUUUUGGUUUUAGAAGCCCGGGACAGAGUUGGAGGUAGAACAUACACUGUAAGAAAUGAACAUGUUGAUUACGUAGAUGUUGGCGGGGCUUAUGUUGGACCCACUCAGAACAGGAUCUUAAGGUUAUCUAAGGAACUGGGUUUAAAAACUUACAAAGUGAAUGUAAACGAGCGUGUUGUACAAUAUAUUAAGGGGAAAACUUACCCAUUUCGGGGUGCAUUCCCUCCUGUAUGGAACCCAAUUGCAUAUCUGGACUACAACAACUUGUGGCGGACAAUGGAUAACAUGGGAAAGGAGAUUCCAGCUGAUGCGCCAUGGAAUGCUCCCCAUGCACAUGAGUGGGACAGAAUUACGAUGAAAGACCUCAUCGAAAAGAUCUGUUGGACACAGACGGCUAAGCAGUUUGCAUCUCUCUUUGUGAACAUCAAUGUGACCUCUGAGCCACAUGAGGUAUCUGCCCUGUGGUUCUUGUGGUAUGUGAAGCAGUGUGGUGGCACCACUCGGAUAUUCUCCGUUACCAAUGGGGGCCAGGAACGGAAGUUUGUAGGUGGAUCUGCUCAAGUGAGUGAAAAGAUAAUGAGCCUUCUUGGGAACAGAGUGAAGCUGAUGCGUCCCGUUACCUGCAUUGACCAGUCAGGUGACAACAUCAUCAUACAGACGUUGAAUCAUGAAGUUUAUGAGUGCAAAUAUGUUAUUAGUGCCAUCCCUCCUACUCUGACAGCCAAGAUUCACUUUACUCCAGAGCUGCCACCUGAGAGAAACCAGUUAGUCCAACGUCUUCCAAUGGGAGCUAUCAUUAAGUGUAUGAUGUAUUACAAGGAAGCCUUUUGGAAGAAGAAGGACUACUGUGGUUGUAUGAUCAUCCAAGAUGAAGAGGCUCCAAUUUCGAUAACCCUAGAUGACAGCAAACCAGAUGGAUCUCUGCCCGCUAUCAUGGGUUUCAUUCUUGCUCGAAAAGCUGUCCAACUAGCAAAUCUCUGUAAAGAUGAAAGAAAGAGAAAAAUCUGUGAGUUGUACUCCAAAGUGCUUGGAUCUGAAGAAGCUUUACAACCAGUGCAUUAUGAAGAAAAGAAUUGGUGCGAAGAACAGUACUCAGGGGGCUGUUAUACUGCCUACUUUCCUCCCGGCAUCAUGACUCAAUAUGGAAGGGUGAUUCGUGAACCAGUAGGCAGGAUUUAUUUUGCCGGAACAGAGACAGCCACACAUUGGAGUGGUUAUAUGGAAGGAGCUGUUGAAGCUGGAGAACGAGCAGCCAGAUCGAUCUUAUAUGUUAUGGGGAAGGUGGCAAAUCUAGAUGUUGAAGAACCUGAAUCAGAGGAUGUUCCAGCUACUGAAAUCAGGCAUACAUUUUGGGAAAGACAUCUCCCCUCAGUGCCAGGCCUUCUGAAGAUCAUUGGAUUUUCCACAUCAGUAACUGCCCUGUGUUUUGUGGCAUACAAGUUUAGGUUGCUGAAAUGAUCCUGAAGUACACCCUCCGCUUAGUCUUUUCUAGUACUAUCAGCAAGAAAUUGUCAACAAAUUAAUGGCUGUGUCUCAUUAGACUGUUGUUAAGUGCACUGGAUGUAACACCUUAGUUUAGUCUGUGUUAAAGUAAAAACAACUCACGGAAUCACCUCAUUAAAAUCAGUAAGCGCAAGCUCCAUCUUAUUUGUCUGUGUAGACUAAUUCGUGUUGAUUGGUAGAAUAAAACCUUGUGAUCAUUUUUUUAAAUUUCAAGUUCAAUUAUUCAUCAGAAAUAAUUUCUAUGUCCUGUUUUUCCCCUUUAACAUGAAAUGCCUGAUGAUUGCAAAAAUAAAGCCUUUAACUUUCUAUAGAGGUUAAAUAGGUGAAGGCUCAGCUUGUGACUGAUCUUUUCAGUCUUUAGGAAAUGGAGAAGUGUAGGUCCAGAGCACAGGGGGUCACAGCUUCUUGGGGUGAGCUGAUUCCACCUUGGGUGAGGAAAUAGUACAUGAAAGCAGUAAAGGUAGACCAGUAAGGUGGGGAGGGGCAUUUUGUAGGCUGUCGCCUCAGGAAUCUCAGGACUGCUUCUAAUCCCUAUAAAGUUUCUAGACAUCUAGUCCCAGUGUUAGCUCACUUGUAUAUUUUCCCCCUUUGCUUCUUAAACAGAACAGUGUUUACCAAGGCAUAAUGAUUAAAGUGACUUUCUGUGACUUCUGUACAUCUCCCCAGGAGAGCAGAAUAAACUAGUGCCAGGAUUGUUCCCAAGAGGCCUCCCUGACUAGCUCUACAUGAGGCAUCUUCUCUUCUUCCUGGAAUAUGGCUAGAUAUCACUUCACUCCUCAUUGAUGAUAACAUUCUCUACCAAUUUCAGGAAAGCAGUAUUUUCCUUUCUUUCAGGUAGACCCUGGCUAUCUGAAAGCCCUUAGUGACAUUUUUUUUCUUUUUUUCCUAUGACCAUAGUAGAGUUAGACAAAUCUGUUAAUUUCAAUAUGUUUUAAAUAUGGUUACCCUACUUACUAGUAGCACGCCAGUUUCUCUCAAAUAACUAAAAUAGACAUUAAAAAUUUCUUAUUGUUAUCUGUUGAGACUAUAACAUACAUAAAGAAAAUUAUGGCUCUAUAUUAUAAAUUCACCUGCUUUAGUUAUUAAGUUUUAUAUAAAACAUGAAAUUGAGUGAUUUUACAUAUGAAAACUAAGUUCUCUAAGGAGUUAUGUGGUCCCAGAGCAGUUCCACCUCUUGCCUUUCCCAUUUUAAAAACUAUCAGAUGUUUAAGAGCCCCUUCCAAAGGUUUCAGCCAUAAACCACUUCUUUUUUCAAUAUAAAUAUCUGGAGAAAAAUCAACAUAGAUGUGAUCAAAUAAAGCAAUUGAGAAGAUUCAGUGGAUUCAGGUACACAGGUGGUAGAUACACAGUAAAACCUUAUUGUGCAGCAUCAAUGAAUGAACGUUUCAUUUCAAAGGAAGUUUCUAGAUAGCCAAAACUUACUCUUUUAUGUGCCAAAAUUUUUAAAUAAAAAUUUCAAUGAACAUAUUUCUAUGCAGUAUUAAACAAGCUACAUCCAAUUAAUUUUUUAUUGAUAAGGUCAAUCAUUAUAUACCUGAAUUAUAUUAUGCUUUUAUAAUAGAGUAAUACUAUCAUGCUUGCCCUUCUACAAAAUGUCACAUGAUUGUUUUGUAGCUGUUGAGUAAGCUACUUCUUCUGUCUUCUCCCAUAUUCAGCAUUUUAUUUCAUAUCCUAUUUGUUUCCUAACACCCAUUAACUAAAUCUAUUUUUUAUUGAAUGAGAAUUAAAGACUGCCAAAGGAGACCAACCCAAGUUUAUUAUAUAAUCAACCUUAUCAUAAAUCUAAAAUUAAGUUAUGGCCAUGGUGUGAGGAGUUAAGGUAUUUGUUUUGCCUCGCCUAAGAGCAAAGAAUAAGAUUUUUCUGCUGUUCUUUAACUUUCAUUUGAAAAGUAUUUUAGCUAAUUUAGGAGUUUUGGCAAUGCCUUGGAUAUGCUCUAGUACAUAGUGAGGUGCACAUACAUCAAACCACUUAAUAGAAAUCACAACCCUGAUCUAUUUCAGUUGUUUCUGUUCAUUUACUUAUUAACUUGGCUCUGACACACCUUUUGGCAAAAUCUCAACUGGCAAAAGUUUUAAUAGUAAUCAGGUUGAUAGCAUAUCCAAGUCUUGAAUAUUGAAGAACUGAGUAUUCAGUUACCCUCUCCUCAAACUUUUUAAGAAACCAAUUAAUUUAUUAUAAUUAGAUCAGCCCUAUUAAGCUACAGAUUGCGUAUUAAAAUGGAUGCCAGUCCAGAUGUGCAUAAACAUAAAGUUGGAGCUGAAAACUCCCACCAUAUAGGAGAUUGUUCAACAACACGAAGAAAGAUACCAUAGGUCUUUUCUCCAUUCCAGAGAAGCUAGUCAAUUUCCACAGCUGAUAGAGCCAGGCUCUGUUAAGGCAUCUGCCUCACAGUUCUGAGGGCUGAAUUGGUCUUACUCCAUUGUAGGAUUGAGAAUUAGAUUUUAAAAGUUAUCUUUUUAUCACAACUAUUAAAUAAGGAUUUAUACUACACUGAAGAAAAAAUAUUGAAGGACCAUGAACUACAUUUAGUUUGAUUGUAAAUUUGAUGCCUAAUGUUCUGUCUGAAAUGUGCCCAAGUGCUACCUGUGGGAGUAUGCAUAAGUGUUUAUUUUGCAAUUGAAAUAUGAUUUUGCCUGUGUGGUACUGUUUGGUUUGUUAAUAAAGUGCACUACCACCCCUGA